AUGUCAGCCGCGAUCAGGGGCGCCCCCGUGCGCCCCCGGAUCCAUCGCGCCGCUCGUACCCCGGCGGCGCGCCCGCUCACGCGCGCGCGCGCCGUCGAAGCCCCCGCGCGGGCGGAGAAAUCCACCAAACAAUCCGGCAAGGGUUACCGCGUCGGCGUCGACACGCUCAACACCUUCCUCUUCCGCGAGGAGCAGCGCGGCGUGGUCAGCGGGGACCUCGCCAUCAUCGUCAACAACAUCGCGGUGGCGUGUAAGAAGAUCAGCAACCUCGUCGCCGUCGCGCCCAUCCAGAACCUCACCGGCCUCGCCGGCAGCAGCAACGAGUCCGGCGACGAGCAGAAGAAGCUCGACGUCAUCUCCAACGACAUCUUCUGCGACGCCAUGAGCGACACGUGCCGCGCCAACAUGAUCGUCACCGAGGAAGAAGACGUGCCCCUCCGCGUCGAGGCCAUCUCCGGCGACUACAUCGUCUGCUUCGACCCCAUCGACGGCUCGUCCAACAUCGACGCCGCCGUCACCACCGGCUCCAUCUUUGGCAUAUACUCCUCGGGCGAGUGCCAGAUCUUCGAACACGACAGCGUCGAGGAGGCGAUGGAGAAGUGCGUGCUGAACGCGCGUAAAUCCGGCGAGGAGCUCGUGUGCGCCGGGUACGUCAUGUACUCAUCGUCCACCGUCAUGAUGCUCACCGUCGGCGACGGCGUCUACGGCUUCACCUUGGACACCUCCACCGGCGAAUACGUCCUCUCGCACGACGACGUCAAGAUCCCGGACCCCGGCCAGCGGAUCUACUCGGGAAACAACGGCAACGUCGACAAGUGGGCGCCCGAGAUGAAAGCGUACGUGAGGUACCUGCAGCUCGGCGGCGCGGACAGGGCCAAGGGCCCGUAUUCCUACCGAUACAUCGGCGCGCUCGUGGGCGAUUUCCACCGAACGCUCCUGUACGGAGGCAUCUGGCUGUACCCGCCGGAUAAAUCCGCGCCCCAGGGCAAGGCCCGGCUGCUGUACGAGGUGGCGCCGAUGGGUUUCCUCGCGGAGCAGGCGGGCGGGAUGGCCAUGUGGGGCGAGUGCGCGGAGAAGCGCGUCAUGGAGGUUGUCCCCGAGCAGAUCCACCAGCGGUCGCCCAUGUUUGUCGGAUCGUCGAAGAUGGUGAGGGAGCUCCAGGAGUUCUUGGAGGACCGCGCGCCGGUGUACAGGAACGGACCGCGGGACGAGCUCUGA